CCUCUCUCCAUCUCUGUUUGUCUUCAAACAUAAGAUUUUAUUAGAAAAAACAUGCUUCUGCUCUCUCUGUUAUUGGUUGUGGUAUAAGAUCAAGAUCAACUGAUCCUCAAUAAAAAAAAGGAACAAGCUCGGAACAUUGCACUGAUCAAAGAUCAAGCUCAGUUGAAGCCUAGAGUAACUUUGUAUUGGUGCUCUUGAAGAUUCCCUCUUUUGCUCCCGAAGGUGCUUAUGGGAGAUAAUUGUCUUUGUGGGCAUCUAACCUUUUAAAUCAAGCACAAGAGAGCAUACAGACAUGGGCACCAUUCACCGCAGUGGAGUUUUUAAGAAAACAAAUGGUAGAGCCAGGCUUGUUAUAGCAACAAUUCUUGGAAUUGUGUUAGGAUUUUUUAUUGGUGUUUCAUUUCCAUCAGUUUCAAUUUACAAGAUUCGCUCAUAUUCAAGCCUUAGAUCAACUUUUGAAGGAUCCAUAUCUAAUGACCAAGACUUUAUAGUCAGGUCCCCUGAGAGAACCACAGAUAAUCUACCUAAGAUAUAUGUUCCUACAAAUCCUCAUGGUGCAGAAAUGUUACCUCCUGGAAUUGUUGUUCCAGAAACUGACCUUUACCUGCGCAGGCUAUGGGGUGAACCUAGUGAGGAUCUGAAGAAGAAAUCAAAGUAUUUAGUGACGUUUACUGUUGGUAUUGAUCAGAGGAAUAAUAUAGAUAAAUGUGUUAAAAAGUUUUCUGAGGAUUUCCAAAUCUUGCUUUUUCAUUAUGAUGGGCGGACGACUGAAUGGGACCAAUUUGAAUGGUCAAAGAAUGCAAUCCAUGUUAGUGUAAAGAAGCAAACAAAAUGGUGGUAUGCAAAAAGGUUUUUGCAUCCAGAUGUUGUUUCCGCUUAUGAAUAUAUUUUCAUCUGGGAUGAAGACCUGGGAGUGGAACACUUCAAUUCGGAGAGAUACAUACAACUGGUCAAGAAGCAUGGUCUGGAGAUCUCACAACCAGGUUUGGAGCCCAAUAAUGGAUUGACAUGGCAGAUGACAAAGAGGAGAGGUGACAAAGAAGUUCACAAGGUUACAGAGGAGAAACCAGGCUGGUGUAGCGAUCCACAUUUGCCCCCAUGUGCUGCUUUUGUGGAAAUUAUGGCACCCGUAUUUUCUCGGGAAGCUUGGAGAUGUGUGUGGCAUAUGAUUCAGAAUGAUUUAGUGCAUGGAUGGGGACUGGAUUUUGCUCUCAGAAGAUGUGUUGAGCCUGCACAUGAAAAAAUCGGUGUGGUAGAUUCACAGUGGAUUAUUCAUCAAGUAAUCCCUUCUCUUGGGAAUCAGGGAAAAUUGGAGGAUGGGAAAGCUUCUUGGGAAGGGGUUAGAGCAAGGUGCAAAAACGAAUGGGCGAUGUUUCAGAAACGACUUGCGACUGCAGACAAGGAAUACCUUGCUCAGCUUGGAAAGGGGGACUAAUUAUUAAUUUUAUUGAUUUCUUUUUCUCCAAGUCCUUUCACCCCCAUUUGUACAUGUAUAUUACCUCAUCUGAUGUUUGUUAGGAUUAAGCUUGAGUGAUAAUUUUUUUUGCUGAAAGAGGGUGGACUCAUUUUCCUGAACCACAUUCGUUUUGUAUCUUAGAUUCCUACAGCUAUAAAAAGGGGAAAUUUUUUCUUUUA